AUGCCAGCAGCGGGCUUUAAAGCAACGACGCUAUCACCAUUGCAGGAACAAGUAUCAGUAGUCCAGAGUAUCCCGCGUUCAAACCGGAGUUCCAGUACGAGAAAGCCGACGGUAGUUUACGCAACAUCGACUGAAUCGUCGUCCUCUUCGUCAACGGCGAAGCCUUCCUCGGUUGUCCAAACGAUACCACGUGGUCGAAAGACUACAACGACCUCUAGCACAACGACAACCACCGAAGCACCACGACCAUACGUCCACUACAAAACCUUGAAGAGCCGUCCGCGCUACUUCAUAAACGGCCAACAGCGUCCGUCAUCGGUUUCCGUGGAAGAGGACUCGACCGAGGAUUCGCAGAUUAAUCGUCCGAGUACAGAGGAGAAGGCUUCGUCCUACCGCAGAAUCCUCUUCGCAAAGCGACCGGUGGACCACAACCUGCGCCCAAUAACGGAGGAGUUUGAGGAGAAAGAGGAGGAGCCGCGAGCCAGUGGAAAUGCUCUCCGAAGACAGCUCCAGGAUGACACAACGAAACCGGAGGUGCACGAAGUCCACGAAGCGCCGGACGAGCACUCCGACGUCUACGGCGGCGCACUUUCGACGACAAGACCGCUCUUCACCACGAGUAGUCCUCCUCGCAUCCUCCAGAGGCUGCGAGCGGACCGUCCUAAGCUCUACCAAGUGACACCGCCACCCCAGGAAAACGUCGGACCGGCUCGUUUCGACACCUCAAAGUACGAGACCACGAGAAGCUACGAAAUGCAAACCAAAGUGGCUGAAGAGCGCGAAGAACGCGAGUCAACGCCACCCAUUGUUUUCCGUCCGUCCACGAGAAUGCCGGACAGGGACUACAUCCGUCAGACUACUGAGUCCGUCUUCGUUCGUCAACCACCGGAGCAGAUCCUCCGGGACAUAUCGUCCGGGCUUCUGGUACAUCAGAAUAUGGAGGAGGACGGUUACCGCGGAGUUCCCGUCGGAAGAAUCCUGUACAGACCGAGACCGCCGAUCUACCCAACAACGACGGACGCCAACGUGCAGUACCUGACGGAGAACCCGAUCGCCGAGCCCGACCCUAGACUCAAUCCGAAUUACAUACGACCGAGACCUUAUCACAGACCUUUACCCUAUGACGCCGAACAGAGGGGACGACCUGUCCUUAGACCCGACGACCGGGAAUACGAUUAUCCUUACAGGAACAUCGCCCUUCCGCCGGAAGCACCAAAUCCCAUAGCCCCUCCCCUCAGUCGACGGGAUUUCCAAAUCCUUUUGCGGCGACUCCUCAUCAGCCAAUAUGGACCGCAAGCUUUGACGUACCCCAGGACCUACCUGGAGGACGCUCUGUACGACCAGACGCCCUACCCGACGUACCAGACAGGCUAUCAGGUGCCGGGACGUCAGCUGAUCUACGAGCCUCACGUGGCGUCAAAUAGGUUCGGGGAUCGCGUUCCUCUCCGUCCAGCGCUUUCUAGACCGGAUCCCGGAAUCUACCAGUCCCCCAGGUACCCGGAGGACUUCCAGGACUCCAGGUACGCGAAACGUGUCUACCGGCAAAAGUUUUACACCCAGGAGAUGGGAGACGAGCCUGAGGGCGACGGGGAGGAGAUCCUUCCUCCGCCAAUCCGGGAGGCUUUGCUCCUGCGGAUGCUUCAGCUGGCUAUUCACAACGAUCGACCCGUCUCCAUGAUGACCAGCUCAACAACACCCUCACCCUCCUCCCCGUACAAGAAGGGGCCAGUCAGGAGUGUUCAGAUACUCGCGGAUGACGACGACAAAGACUUGAGGAAGAAAAUUUAA